UCUGUGUUGAAGCAAAAACAUGACUUCUCCAAUCCUCCUCCUCCUCUCCCUUCUUUCAUGUCUUCUCCUCUCUUCUUCUUCUUCUUCUUCUUCUUCUUCUUCUUCUUCUUCUUCAUCAAAACAAAUUCCAAAGCAUUACAUUGUUUACAUGGGAAGUUCAUCCAAUGGAGAUGGAAGAAAUGCUCCAGUUUCUGAAUCGGAUCACAUCAAAUUGCUGUCCACAGUGAUCCCGAGUGAAGAGAAGCAAAGAAUAUCAUUGAUUCACCAUUAUAGUCAUGCCUUCAGAGGAUUCUCUGCUAUGCUUACAGAGGAUGAAGCUUCUCUCUUAUCUCAGCAUGACGGAAUUGUAUCUGUUUUUCCCGAUUCGGUACUUCAACUCCACACAACUCGUUCAUGGGAUUUUUUGGGGGCCACAUCGAGCUCAAAGUUCAGUCAGAGUCAUCAGGAAGUGUCAACUGAUGUUAUAGUUGGAAUAAUAGACACAGGGAUUUGGCCGGAGUCUCCAAGUUUCAGCGACAAUGGAAUCGGCCAAGUUCCAAGAAAGUGGAAAGGAAUCUGUAUGGAAGGAUCUGAUUUCAAAAAAUCCAAUUGUAACAGGAAAUUGAUAGGAGCAAGGUACUACGUACAGCAGAGAUCCCACUCGGGAAACGGUACCGUAUCGAGGGCACUCAGUGGGUCCCCUAGGGAUUCGAUCGGACAUGGAACUCACACUGCUUCAACUGCUGCCGGUUCGCCGGUAAUGAACGCCAGUUACUACGGCCUGGGUCAAGGAACGGCCAGGGGUGGCUCACUGUCGACUCGAAUUGCAGCGUACAAGGCAUGCACGGAAGAUGGUUGUUCUGCUGCCACAAUAUUGAAGGCGAUUGAGGAUGCGAUCAAGGAUGGGGUUGAUAUCAUCUCGAUUUCGAUUGGGAUGAACGCGUUGUUUCAGCCUGAUUUCUUGAGCGAUCCCAUUGCUAUUGGAGCUUUCCAUGCAGAAGAGAUGGGAGUGAUGGUGGUUUGUUCUGCUGGAAACGAUGGGCCUUUUCCUUCCACUGUUGUCAAUGCAGCUCCAUGGAUUUUUACUGUUGCGGCUUCUACAAUUGACAGGGCUUUUCAGUCCACUGUGCUUCUUGGAAAUGGAAGAACUUUUCAGGGGCUUGCCAUUAAUUUCUCAAACCUCACUCGUUCGGAGACUUACCCUCUUGUGUUUGGGAAAGAUGCUGCUGCUAAAUUUAGCCCCGUAUCAGAAGCAAGGAAUUGUUAUCCUGGGUCGCUAGAUCCAAAAAAAGUAUCUGGGAAAAUUGUGGUUUGCAUAGACACUGAGCCAAUGUUGUCAAAACGAAUCAAGAAACUGGUGGUAGAAGAUGCUAAAGCAAAAGGGAUGAUUUUUAUCAAUGGGGAAUCAAAAGGAACACCUUUGGAUUCUGGUGUAUUUCCAUUUACAGAAGUUGGGAUUGUUGAAGGGUAUAAGAUCCUCAAGUAUAUGACGUCUAACAACAACCCAACUGCAACUAUCCUUCCAACAGUUGGUAUUCCGAAUUUCAGACCAGCACCAGUUGUAGCAUAUUUUUCAUCAAGAGGCCCUGGAGGGCUAACAGAAAACAUUCUCAAGCCUGAUAUAAUGGCUCCUGGAGUUGCCAUUUUAGCAGCAGUAACUCCAAAAGCUGAACCAGGGACUGUGCCAAUUGGAAAAGAGCCCCCUGGAUAUGCCAUAAGAUCAGGAACAUCAAUGGCUUGCCCACAUGUGACAGGUGCUGCUGCUUUUGUCAAGUCUGUGCACCCUGGAUGGAGUACUUCCAUGAUCAAAUCAGCCCUCAUGACAACUGCAACUGUGUAUGAUAACCUGAGAAAGCCCACAGAAAAUGGUUCAGGUCAGUCAGCAACUCCACAUGAGAUGGGGGCUGGAGAAAUAAGUCCACUUAAAGCUCUUAAUCCUGGAUUAGUCUUCAAAACAACAACACAAGAUUAUCUCAAGUUCCUCUGUUACUAUGGCUCUUCAGAGAAGAAAAUUCAAUCCCUUUCCCAAACAAACUUCAAAUGUCCAAGAAAAUCCUCGGAAAACCUCAUCUCCACCAUCAACUACCCCUCUAUCUCCAUAGACAAGCUGGACAGGCAUGGAGGUAUUCAAACAAUUGGAAGAACUGUAACCAAUGUUGGACCCCCAAAUUCCACCUACAUUGCUGCUGUGAGUGCUCCCUCAGGGUUAGUUGUCAAAGUUUGGCCCCAGAAGAUUGCCUUUGGUGAGGGGUUGAAGGAGGCUUCUUUCAAAGUGUCCCUUUAUGGUAAGGAAGCUCCUGGUGGCUACAAUUUUGGGUCCAUAACCUGGUCAGAUGGUUUACAUUCUGUCAGAAUGGUCAUUGCGGUAAAUGUUGAAUGAUAAUUAAAUGAUAUUAUGAAUUCUUUGUCACCAUAAGAAACAAAUAUAGGAAUCCUUAAGGUUCAGCUGCAACACUUUCUAAGAGAAGCCAACACGUGCGCAGGCUACCUUGCUUCCAUGGGGCACUCUCUUUCUGUUGAUUUUGUGUGUUUUGAUGUUUACCCUCCGGGCCUGUGCUGUAUUUCAAUGCUGAUUCUGACCGGCAAAUUGAACUUCCCAGAACCCGAUGUAUGUUGUGUUAUUUUGAUUAAUCUAUCUCCUUGAUUACCCAAAAAAAAAGGAAAUUUCAAUGAAUUUCAUUGACAUUU